GAAAGGGUUACAACAAACUUCUUUCUCUGCCUUACAGGACGACUUUGUGUUAGGGGGUGUGUCUUACACGGCACUGCCAGCAAAUGAAAGGAGGAGGGGCGUUUCUAUAGGUGGAAGUCAGUCACAAAGCACCACCUCAGGCAUUCUGGUUGGAUGGGCAGGGUGUCAGUCAGUUUCUGCCUGCAGACUACAGUGCAGAGGUGGAGCUGGAAUAUAAACAAGCACAUGUUCUUUCCUGGUGAUAUUUAUUCCAUAUUAAGACACUUCAGGAGAGUUGUGAGAUAAUAAUGGCGGCUUUAUCUAUUGCUCUGUGUCGCUUUGGAGGAGUUGGCAGCUCUUUGCUUUCAUGCUACAGUCAGAGAUUGACAGGUAUGAGGAAAGCGUUUGCUUCCAAAACCUCUGGGGAAUCUGCAUUGGAGACUGAUCUGGAGUGGGAUGAAGAGGAGCAGAGCGAUAUCAUCCGUAAACUUAAAAAUCAGCAGAAGACAAUUCUUUUCCAGCGAAUGAAAAGGCAAAUGGAACCUCGUGGUCCACCAGACAGAAGACUCUCAUGGAAUGCCAUAGAACAGAUCAGGUAUUUGAAGCAAGAGUUCCCUGAAGAGUGGACUGUGCCCAGGCUGGCUGAAGGGUUUAACGUCAGUACUGAAGUUAUAAGAAGAAUUCUUAAAUCAACGUUUUCUCCACCUGAGAGACGGAAAGCAAAACAGGAUUUAAAGGUUUCACAUGUUUUAAUGCAAACAAAUCCGCAAUCAACAAAGCACUUGUCACAGCCCACCCACACUCUCCUUCCAGAUGCUGUCAACCCAGCCCAAGCACUCAUUCCAAGUGGGCAAAAUAAUAAACUGCUGAGUAACACAAAAAAUGCCAACCUUGUUCCUUCUCUACACUCCGUGCCUGGCUCUGGAAACCCUAAAAGCUUAGCACUUAGAUCAGGGAAUGAAGUGGUACAUAAAAAGAAGGCAGAUCUCCAAGUUUUUACCAAGAAGGCACAAGUACAAACACCCAAAUCUCCCAUGUAUGAUGUUUGUCUGACCUCAGAGGAAGGCAACCAAGCAGAACAGAAACACUUGGCAGAUCAUAAGCCGAUGGAGCUUGAUGAUGAAUGGGAUGGACAGUUGCUUAGUGACGUGGAUCUUGAGGAAUUAUCAAGAAAUGGAACUGAAAACAAAAUGAAAGUUGUAAGGAAAGGUAGGGAGUUCUUUGACAGCAAUGGGGAUUUCCUUUAUCGUAUUUGAUACAUCAAAUGCAAAACUGGCCAUUUUGUGUAUGCAUGUUAAUAUGAUACAUAUAAUUCUAUUUAUUUAUUUUUUUAGAAACAUGUCUAAACCACAAAAAUAUUACAUCUAAUAAAAAAAAACUUUCUACAAUAUAUGGUGCCUAAUUGAGGAUGCCUCAAAGAAUUGCAAUAUAAAAUGUUUGCCACCAAACUAUUAUGAUCUAGCACCACUGAUGUACAUUCUACUCUAGUUUACACCAAAUUCCAGCUGGCUUGGGGAGUAUAUGAUGUGUAUACUAAAAAAUACUUUUCAACAAUAAAUAGAUGCAAAUCAUAAGUCACAUUUAAA